ACUCAAGAAAACAGUCGCCUGGAUUCACUUUGGCACACAGAGUGCGUCGAUCGGUGAAUAGUUAUUAACAAGCUAGCUUUCAAAUGAUAGAUUAUGAGUCAUUUUAAAUAAUGUUUGUCAAUCAAGGCAUUCAGCCAGUCACAGUGGUUUUCAAUAAUGCAAAAAACUGCUUCCUUCACCUUCCCCCAAACGUGAUAUCCCAUCUUUCCUUGCAUGAGAACCAGGCUUUGGAGUUGUCCUGGGGCCAUGGAUCUCCAGUAUUUCUCAGCUGGACCAGGAGUAGGCGCUCCUCAAAGCCUGAGGAGCAUAUCGUGGAGCUGUGUCGCCAGUUGGGAGAGAGGCUGGGCCUGAAAGAGGGAGAGCAGGGCUUCCUGAGGCCCUGUCAGCAGGUCUCGUCUGUUCAUCAGGUUUUUGUGGAGCCUCUGUCGUCCGAUGACUGGGAGAUUUUGGAGCUCCACAGCGCAGCCCUGGAGCAGCAGCUGUUGGACCAGAUUAGAGUGGUGUUCAAGGACGCUGUGUUUCCAGUGUGGGUUGACCAGCGCACCGCCGUCUACAUCAGAAUCGCGUCCCUUGAACCAGCGGUGCCUCACGGCCGCCUGGAGCGGUCCUCUGAGCUAGUCGUCUCCCCGAAGACCAGGCCCGGGACCGGCAGCUUCCUCCGCACUCCGCCCGGAUCCGGCCAGGACCCGCCUCCCUACCGCCACCCCACCUCUGAACCCCCGCCCUCCUCACCGCAGCCCCCGUCCCCCGCUCAGAACCAGCAGUGGGGCGGCAUCGGCAACCUGACGGGCCUCAUGCGCUACCUCUUCACGGGCGCCGUGGGCCCCGCUAAGGAGACGAUGCCCUCUGUUCCGGAGCUCCCCGCGCUGUUCAGUGCCUCGCUCCUCCGGGUGUGCCAUCAGCCCCCCAACGCUCUCUGCACUAUUAACCCCGGCGCCGCCGCCGUUGUCCAUCUGUUUCCCUGGAACGAGACCGUGGACACCGGCUGCUCCAUCUUAUCCCAGUCGGCCGUCACCUACGGCCUGCUGUCCAAGAUCCCCACCCCCAAGGAGGCCAGGGACGGCGCCAAGAGGGCCACGGAGCCCAAGAAGAACGCAGGUGCACUGAAGGUUGGAGAGGAGUUGGCGAAGGAGCAGCAGGAGGAGGUGGAGGAAGGGAAGGAGCUGGCGGUGGUGCGCGUGGUGUGCCACCAUGUGGAGGAGCUGCAGGAUGACCAGAACCGUGGAGAGAUCCAUUCUGGACGGGUCUGGAUUACGCAGCACUUGGCAACGAGCAUGAAAAUCGAUCCCCACUCAACGGUGCGAAUUCAGCCAGUGGAAUCUACGGUUACGGUAGCCUCGGGCGUCCGCCUGCAGCCUCUAGAACCACUGCCUGAGGAGAGCGAUGAUGCCAUCCAGACUGCCUUCCUCGAUUGGCUGCAUUCUCAGAGCCACGAGCCCCUCGCCUGUCUCACCGCCCGCUCCAGCAUCAUCCUACUUCAUGGGCCCAAUGCUAAACUGGAGCUGGCCUUGACUGUGCUGCAGCCGGAGGCAGAGAGUGAGCUCCCCGACCAGCUCUUCCUGCUGGCCCCAGCUGUCCUCCAGAAGGCCGGAGUACAGGUCGACCGAGGGCCGCCAACGGCAGACACGACCACGAAGGCGGUGGCUGACGCCCCGUACACGGAGCUCCCCCUCCUGGGCACUCUCGGUGGGACAGAGCAGCUGAGCAAGGCGGGCUUCCAGUUCAUGUCCCACAGCCUGCUGGGAAGCCCCCUCUCCCGGGAGCUGGGGGCCCUCGGACAGGGACUGCACGGCGGGGCCCUGCUCAUCACCGGGGCCAAGGGGAGUGGGAAGAGCGCUGUGUCCAGAGCUCUGUGCAGGAAGGCUGGUGAGGAGCUGGACACGUACGUGGAGGUGGUGGACUGCAAGAAGCUGAAAGGGAAAAGGGCCGAAACGGUGCGACACUCCCUGGAGGAAACAUUCCAAGUGGCCCGGUGGAGGCAGCCCUCGGUGGUCCUGCUGGACGACCUCGAUCAUGUGACGGGGGCCGCGACCACGGCGGAACAUGAGCACGGCCCGGAGGCCCUCCUACGACAGCACAUCGCUCAGAGUCUGAUAGACAUAGUGGAUGACUUGGUGGUACGAUCCAGCCUGGUGUGUCUCGUGGUCACCAGCCAGACGGAGCACUCUCUCCACCCCUCCCUCACUGACGUGCAGGGCUCACACUUCUUCCAGGGAUUCCUGCACAUCCAACCCCCCGACCAGGCCCAGCGAGCGGAGAUCCUGCGGCGCCUCGUCCUCCAGAAGCCCUGCCUAUCGGCGCACACGGCGGACACGCUGGACCUGGGGGCCGUCGCCAUGGAGACGGACGGCUACCUGGCCCGCGACCUGGCGCUGCUGCUAGAGCGGGCCGUGCACGCCAGCGCUGUGCGGGAGGAGCGCAGCGACCAGGCAGGCGAUGGUCUGUGCCUGAGAUGGAGUCACUUUGAGCAGGCCAUGAAGGGCUUCACCCCGCCGUCCCUGUGGGGGGUGAGGCUGGAGACCCCCCCCGGGGUGGGGCUGGACCGGGUGGGGGGCCUGAAGGAGGUGCGGCAGGAGCUCAUGGACACCGUCCUGCUUCCUGCUAAGUACCCCGUCCUGUUCUCCAGACUCCCCAUCCGCCACCGCUCAGGGCUCCUGCUGUACGGGGCCCCCGGCACGGGGAAGACCCUGCUGGCCGGCGCCGCGGCCCGGGACAGCGGCAUGAACUUCAUCAGCAUCAAGGGGCCAGAGCUGCUCAGCAAGUAUAUUGGAGCCAGUGAGCAGGGGGUCCGCGACGUCUUCCAGAGGGCCCAGGCCGCCUCGCCCUGCAUCCUGUUCUUCGAUGAGUUUGACUCACUGGCCCCCCGGCGGGGCCACGACAGCACGGGGGUGACUGACCGCGUGGUCAACCAGCUCCUGACCCAGCUGGACGGGGUGGAGGGGCUGCAGGGAGUCUAUGUGCUUGCGGCCAGCAGUCGCCCAGACAUGAUUGACCCUGCCCUGCUCAGACCAGGGCGUCUGGACAAGUCCCUGUACUGCCCUCCGCCUGACGUGGAGGACCGCGUGGAGAUCCUGCAGGCGCUGAGCGGGGCCCUGGCGCUGGGCCCCGACGUGGACCUGCGGCAGCUGGCCGAGGCCACCGAGCUCUUCACCGGGGCCGACCUCAAGGCCCUGCUGUACAACGCCCAGCUGGAGGCCCUGCACGCCGGGCCCCCCCCGUCCCCCGCCCUGCAGGAGCCGCCGGCCUGCGGCUCGGACAGCGACGGCAGCCUGUCCUCCAUGAUCUUCCUGAACAACAGCAGUGCCUCGGAGGACUCUCUGGGCGAGGCGGAGCCGGCGCUGUCCCUGGACCAGUCCAUGGUGUUUCUGGAGCACAGCAUGCUGCCGGCCGCCGACCCCGCGCAGGGCAGCAACGCCUGGAGGCUGUACUUCGGCAGCUCCUACGAGUCCGAGUUGGGACACGCCUCUCCCUCGCCGCCGAACUCCCUGUGCGCAUCGGGCCCCGGGUCCACCACCCAGGAGUCGAGCGCGGGGGCCUUGGCCCGCGAGGCGGCCGGCAGCCUCCCCCCAGCCUGCAUGCCCACCCUGCGGGGGGGCUUCCAGGAGCUGGGCCCGGAGGAGCUGCAGCGCCUCCUGCUGGACGUCGGCGUGGUGAAGGGCAGCUACAGGAGGACCGACGUGAGCGGACGACGGGAGGAGUGCGUCCGCAGCCGCUCGGUGUCCGGGGGGGCCGGCCUGAUGCUGAGCCAGGCCCACCUGACCUCCGCCCUGGCCCAGACCAGACCCUCCCUGGGCUCCCAGGACUGGCAGCGCUUCAGCCGACUGUACGAGGCGUUCGGUGACCCAGGGGCCCGCGGGGCCCGGAGCCCGGCCCUGUUCAAACCCGGACAGCGGGUCACACUGGCCUGACCCCGUCAGCGCGGGGAGACGUGUCCUCCUCACGGCACUAAUGCGCUCAUUCUGAGGGGCAUUGGAGGGAAAUGCUAAUCUGGCUGCGUUUUUUAAUUAACUUAAUUAGUAAACAAGUUGGAAUGAUUCCAUUCCCACACAGCGUCAGUGCUGUGACUAAUGUAAAUAUGUAUCAUAUCAGCUUGUGUAAUUAAGGGUAAGGGAUGGAGAUGAUUGAACAACGUUAAUAAAUGAAUUGAUUAUUCACUUC